AGUCGAAAUCCAGACUGAGAAAGUCCUCUUGUAUUUUGCCGGCUCGACAGUCGUCCACAUGCUAGCUACCAUUCUCGCAUUUUUUUCUUUCAUUUAUCGAGGCAAGAUGUCGAAGAAUGAACGUUCUUUCAUCAUGGUGAAGCCCGACGGCGUGAGGCGGGGCCUGAUCGCUGACAUUAUCAAGCGAUUUGAGCAGAAGGGAUUCACGAUGGUCGCUGGCAAAAUCACGCAGCCAUCAACAGAGCUUGUCCAGCAGCACUACAUUGAUCUGAAGGACAAGAAGUUCUACAAGGGACUCUGCGAGUUCAUCACCAAGGGCCCCGUCUUCCCCAUGGUGUGGGAGGGCUUAGGCAUAGUAAAAACCGGGCGUCAAAUACUGGGCGAAACAGACCCCGCUAAGUCCCUCCCCGGCUCCAUCCGCGGUGAUUAUUGCAUCCACAUUGGCCGCAACAUCUGCCACGGCUCGGACUCGGUCGAGAGCGCCGAGAAAGAGAUCAAGCUUUGGUUCAAGGACGAGGAACUGGUGGACUGGAAGCCAGCUGGUUACGACUACAUCUACGAGUAACAAAAAAAACACCCAAAAAUUAUAAGAUGCCAGGCAUUUUUAGUCAGGGAGAGUUUAGGAUUUCAACAAAGUUGUGUUUUUGUCACCUUCUGAUUGAGAGUUCCUCGUGGCUUUGCAGUUUUGAAAGAUAACACUUGUUUAAGUGACUGGCAUUUUAGAGUCAUGCCAAACCAAAUUAAAAACGACUAAAAUCAACCAAAAUAGAAUUCAUUUUCAGACAGGCUUGAAAAUUGACCUGCUCAAUUUUCCAUAGGCUCGACUCCGGAGUUGUUGAAUGAAGGCAAAAGUCAAUCUUUCAUGUAUAGUUGUUUCAAACAUGAAACUUAAUUCCAACUUUUGUAAUGAAGUAAUUUGGGUUUGGCGUGACUUUCGGGCAUGCAACUUUCCCGAUCAGCUGAUUUCCUCGUUUCUCACUUCGCGCUCGUCAUUAAAAAUUGAAAAACACUGGAUGAAGUCUCGUAGAGCUUGGAGGUUUCCUCAUUUUUGUGGUUUUAUACUUCCCAGUUGCAUACCUGGACUUAGGAGCGCAGUCUGAAACAAGUGUAAAAAUCACCCUACUAAUAUCAUUUUGGGGGAUUCCUGAUAUCGUAUCAAAUCAUCUGAUUGGUUGCUUGGGAUUUGUGAUCAGCCAAUCAGGUAGCAUGUGAAGUUUUGUAAACCAUUUAAAGGAUUUUGAUUGGUCAACUCUUAA